CGUCAGCUUGAAUUCCCGCGAGCCGGUCUGUGGUUCGCGAAGUCUCGCGAUACUUUGACGCCGCCGCCGCUCAAAUUUGUGUGGCUGCCGGAGAGGCCGCGUCCAGGCGCUCGCCUCAGCGUGAUUUCAGCAAACGGCGGCACGAUGAACAGCAAAACCCCAGCAGGUGAAGACCCCAAGAAGUUGGAGAGGACGGGGCGAGUGCGGGAGAUUGGCUCCCAGGCUGUGUGGUCGCUCUCCUCCUGCAAGCCUGGAUUUGGCGUGGAUCAACUGCGGGAUGACAACCUGGAGACGUACUGGCAGUCGGAUGGCUCCCAGCCGCACCUGGUCAACAUCCAGUUCAGGAGGAAAACGACGGUGAAGAUGGUGUGCAUCUACGCGGACUACAAGGCUGACGAGAGCUACACGCCCAGCCGCAUCUCCAUCCGCGUCGGCAAUAACUUCCAUGACCUCCAGGAUGUGCAGCAGCUGGAGCUUGUGGAGCCCAGCGGCUGGGUGCACAUCCCGCUGACGGACGCCGACGGCAAGCCCCUGCGCACCUUCAUGAUCCAGAUGGCAGUGCUGGCGAACCACCAGAACGGGCGCGACACGCACAUGCGGCAGAUCCGCGUCUACACGCCCGUGGAGGAGAGCACCGUCGGCAACCUGCCGCGCCUCUCCACCGUCGGGUGCCUCGUGUACAGCACCGUCCGCUGAGGGGCGGCGCGAGAGCGCGGCGCGGUUCUCUCGGCGACGCGCCGUUACGAACCCACGGAAUCCCCAACGGUCUUCGCAAAGCCGCGUGUGUCACGACCCUUCGCUGUGGUUUUAACGCCCCCCCUCCGCCUGCCCCUGUCCACCUUGGCAUGAUGAGAGUCCAGUUGUUCUUGCCCUGCAGGCGCACGCCACAAUUCUUCUCGUGCCGUCUUACAGGCCUGGUGAAAUUUCAACUUUGCCAAAGAUGAAAGCUGUAGAUGGGUCAAGAAUGCUGUGAUCGUGAUGGGGCUGUAAAUGUCACAGGCCGCCCCACUUUAAAGCAGGACCAUUUCCCAAAACGUUAGCCUGCGAAAUAGUAUUUAUAUCUGUUACUCUGUAGGUUUCCGAAGCUGUGCUGUAUACAUCUCUCCAAUGUGUUUUCUGGUUCUACCAAGUUAUGUUCGACACGGUGUCUGACGUGACUCUCCACAGUUCCUGAAGAAGCUCCCAGCGGGUGGAGUGAAACGUCGGAUGUCGUGCCGAACAACACGCGGUACGCCCCGAAAACACGUUGGAGAUCUGUUUAUUUCCAUUGCACGGCAGAGUUGGUGAUGAUGGUAGCGAGGCUUUUUAUCGUCCGUUUCUACACCCUUUGGCAAUGCAGUCGUGAAAGUUUUAUUCGAAACUUGAAGCUCGUACAAAGCCCACUGGAGUUUGCUUGCUGCCACAAAUAUACGGCCACUAUCCUGGCUACUUGCCAGCUCUCUACGUGAUUAACUUCAACUCCUCCUGGGCCUCGUGCCUAUUUUUUGUUUGGUAUAGAAUCAAAUCUCUCCCGGACAGAAUGGCCAAGCCUGGUUUGCGAUGACAGAUUUUCAAUUUGGAAGCCACACGUUACGCGAUUAGUUUUAAAUUUUCCGAGCGCCAAUUAAAUGACCUGUGUAACGGCCAAGUGUCAUUGUCUCACCGCAGAUGUGUCCAUUGGCGUUCCGUUCGCUGCCAUAUGCUCCGCAAGGAUACGGUGCACUCUCAUGUUGCAUAUCAGCCACUAUCCGUGUAGAACAAACAACGAGACCACAAAACUGUUUGAAUCAAAUUAAUUCUCAUCAUCGUCUUAUUUUCAAAAUUGAAGUCGUCACGUUCGCACUCGCACAAUACACACGUGUGCACGUUCACACAGCCUUCAUAUGUGUUCUCCUUCACGGGCUCACUGAAACAACUUGGCAAAACAUCAGCUGCAAACAAUUGCCCCCUUAAUUGUCUACACUUGCCAAACCUUUCAAAGGCUAGCAUGAAUCACGUGUAUGACAUAAUAAGCAUACUUAAGUUUCCUCUUCAGGGAAAUGAAUGCUGCCAUAGAGAUAAAUAAAUAUUUGUCGACAAUUUGUCCUGUUUCUGCUGAACUGCGGUAUUGUAUGUAUGUACGUUGAACUUCUUUCGCACCGUACGCAGCCAACCAUGCUAAUCGUCGGUGCGGGGGAAGGACAACAAUCGGCAGUUCUGUUGCUACUGGAAAAUGUGAGCAUCCAAGAAAAUGUGAUUUAAGAAUUCUGGGAGGGGGAGCACACAUGGAGGGCACUGGCUCUCACAUUGAUUCAUGCUGCAUAUGUCAUUUUCUUGUAUGCGAUGAAUAAUUAUUAUUCAUCGUGAGAGGGGAGCUGUUUACUUUGUGCUGGCACGAUACGUAUUGUUUACAGGGAAGCUCAUUUCUCCGCUUGCACCGGAAGCUGUGUUUACGAAUUCGUGUCUCAGGAGGGCUUGUGACCAGACUAGAUAUUGUGUCCAGCGGUUUUGGCCCUCAGCCAGGAAACUAUGUCUUAACGCCCCCACUCAGUGUCUUCAUGAAAGGGCACUAUACGAAGGCUGAAUUUAGUCUUUGUUUUUUCUUAUUGUAGGUUAAUGAUUCCAGACUGGCUGUAGAUAUGGUCGUCAGGCUUCUUGUUGGCCAUCAUUUCAGUGGAUGAGGGCUCAAUUUCCUUGUGUCUCUGUCUAACCAAUUGUAACAUUUUUUAUGGUUUCAAAAUAAUGGCUUUGCAAUAUAGGUUGGCUAGGGACAACAUGCUCACGUAUCAUGAAUUGGCAAAUAAUACUCGCCAUGGGACCUGGAGUUGGGGAGAACCUUAAAUUAUACCAGCAUAUGACUGAUUAACUUAUGUUUCUUCUUGGCAAAGCAGACACAGCUGGAAAAGGGUACCCAGCGAAUCGUCCAUUGCGGUCCAAAGAGUUUUGAGUGCCAGUGGUGUGGACUCUGGGGACCGAGUGAAAUGAGUGUUCCACUGCGUUGACACUUGUCUAAGCCACAUCCCCUAAACAUUCGCCACCAGAAUUAAAUUAACAUGUGGUCAGUUUUGAGGACAUGUGUCGGGAAAUGUACAUGCAAUGUGUGUCUGUGCGUUCUUGGGGGAAGGGGAAAAACCCUAUUGCUCAAAUAAUAUCAUAGGAUACAGUGGGGUUGACCCUGCUGGUGCUGCUGUGCCUCAAAUAUUGAAGGAAGUGGCUGCUUAUUUUGAGUGGUUGGCUGAAGUUGCAUUUCUUAAGGAAGUCCGAAGGGCGAUUCGGAGCUUUAAACCAGGUAAAGCGCCAGGGAGAGUUGACCUUGUGAGGGAGGGUGGCGUUUGUGCGCAAACUGCUCUAUGUGAUGUCAUCACAACUGUCAGGUCCACAGGAAGGUUUUCCACAGGGUUGGAAGGAUGCCCUGGUCGUCCCUAUUUUUAAAAAGGGGGGGACCGCACUAAUGUUAACAACUAUAAGGGCAUCUCCCUCAGUGUGUCCCGGGAAAGGUCCUGGAAAGGAUGAUUAUCGCCUUGCGAGACAUGCGAGGAGAAGUUUGUGGAUACCCAUUGUGGUUUCAGAUUGAGGAUUGUCAAACUUCAUGAACUCUUUUGCUCAAUUUUGGCCAAAAAUAUUUUAAACAUACAUUUCUGAAAACUGAAUGUAAAUGUAAUUUUCCGAUUUUUAAAAUAAUUUUUUUCUGCUUUAAAUGUGUUCAAAGUGAGGUUGUGGUUGUUUCUUAAUUUUAUUAUGCUGAGAAACAUUAAAAAUGUGUUUUUAUCUGAAGUUAGGUAGAACAUAUUUGGCCACAUUUCACCGAGCAUUACAUAACAGCCACCACAAUAAGACUGCAAUUUGUCAUAUUUACAUAAAUAUCGUGGUGGUGGGGUUUGUGUGUUCCAGUGACCCUCAGAGCUAUGUCGCCUGGUAGGGUAGGGUCUCCCUUGACGAACAGAUUUUGGGGGGAGGUUCCACAUAAAUAGCGGUCCAAACAAAAGCCCCUCAUGAAUGGUUCGGAAAUAUACAAAUCAGAGAACUUCCCCCGGACAAGGUAUACCUUCCUGGAACCAGGCCUGGGGGUGGUGUUCACCAACAAGCGCCCUGUAGUCGGGUGACCCAUGUAACCUGGUCGGGCCCAGCCCAAAAUGGUUAUGUGGCGCUUUCCUGUGGGCCCACCAUCCGCAGGAUGAAGGGUGAGGGGCGGGUGCGAUGCCAGUAUGGUAGGGAGAGUGAUGGUCUCAGACUGGGACUGGACCUUGGCAAUGGUCACCAGCUAUUGGGACAUGGAAU